GAGAAGUUUCGAUGUGAGGCAGCCACUCCUGCUGUGUGGAAUGCGAUCUGGUCGAAGGACAUGACAAAAUGUCCAAAGGAGUUCGUGUCGGACAUAGAAACGUUGCAGAGCCACUUGCCAGGUCAUCCGAGCUUGCAGUGGCCACCUCUUCGAUUCCCCGAGGACGCAGUGCCGCCGCUGGUUCCUCCCACCGCCCCUUCUGGAGCCGUCGCAUCGCCCAAUUCUGGGGCUCCGGCCAUUCGAGUCACGGUACUGCGUCCUGCAACAACAGUUGCAACACGACCGGCAGCCCCGCCGUUUGCGCCGCUGGCUGAGACACGAGGUGCUCGCGAUGUGGGAGUUGGUCGUUCCACGCCAGCCAACGAGCCCCCGCCUUUGAGGGAUGGUGUGGGCUCUGUGGCAUUUGACGAGGAGAGCACACGUGCAUUUAUUGAGAGUCGCAGGUGGGGGGGGAGUGUCGGCAGUUCAGCGCCCGCGCUCGCCCCUGUUUUCAGGAGUGCUAGGCAGUCAGAUGCCGCACGGGGUGGUACUGCGGUGGCACCUGGCGCAUCACCCCGCAGUUCGUCGGAGCACCCCUGGCUGCCACCGCCACCGUCGAGAGCGGCGCAGCGUCCAAUGGUCCACCACGCUCACGGAACCGCCCACCCUGGCUGCCACCGCCACCGUCGAGACGGAGGCAAGGGCGAGGGCGGCGGUGGCGGAGGCGGGGGCGGUGACAAAGGGGGAGAUGGUGGCGGUGACGAGGGGGGAGAUGGUGGAAGCAGUGAGGGGGGGGGUGAUGGUGGACGGAGCGGGUGCCGUGGCGAUUUUAUGCCCCGUGGUCACUACGUUUUGAAGCGGUUGAGACACGGGGGUAGGCGGGAUGACAGUAUUACGUCUCGUGUAUGCAGACGUCGUGUCCACAUUGCGAUCGACACGGGGGCACGUGACAUGCGGCAGGACCCGGUUGCCGUAUCAGAGUACGAGAUGGGAGAUCCUUCCAACGAGACGCAGCGCGACCCGGUUCAUGCAGAGGAGCUAGMCUCGAACACUGAUGUGAUAGUGACGGAGGAGGAUACAGGGUUCAGGAUCACUCAUCCCUGGUCGCCAGCGCCGGUUGUUGGCACAGAGGAGGAGACGGAGCUCGGAGGACCCGGUCCACUCCGCUAGGCGCAGACUCGGUGCACUCCAGCAGGCGCCCCAGUC